CACCUAACUCUUUUCUUUUCCUCCUGUCCUUCUCCACGAUUGUUUCAAUUAUUUCUCUAAAUAGUAAGUUCGAGGAAGUAGAGUACAUGCUUUAAUUAAUUAGCAAUAAUGUUCUCCUCCACCCAACCAAACGCCCUUACUCACCUCUCAGCAAGCUCCGCCACCUCCCACGGCGGAGGGUAUCACUGGAUCCUCCUUCCUGAUUUCCGGGACCACCAAUUUUCAUUCAAUACUUUGGUCAACCCAACCACCAACAAUGGAGUCAAAAUCAACGACCAUAGUAGUUAUAGAAAUGAUAAUGCAGGCAAUACCAGCCAACUCCGCAUAAAAAAGAAACCUUUGCUGCUUUCCGGCAGGCCGGAGCAGACGGCGGCGAAGAAAAAGGACCACCGUACUAAAAUAAUGACUGCUCAAGGUCAAAGGGACCGGAGGGUCAGGCUCUCUAUCUCCAUAGCUCAAAAGUUCUUCCAUCUUCAAGACACCUUGGGUUUUGACAAGCCCAGCAAAACCCUAAGUUGGUUAUUCGCCAAAUCGAAGCUCGCCAUUCAAGAGCUAACCCACGCCGCCGCAGACAGUUCGCCGUAUUCCGCCGUGAGUGACGGGGUGUCCACGCGAAAAGCUAACAAAAGAGGAAAAGACUGUUCGAUGAAAGACGUUGCUGCUAAAGAAUCUAGGGCAAAAGCUAGGGCUAGGGCUAGGGCUAGAACUUUGAAGAAAAUGUGUAUGAAGGAAAUGAGUGAGGCCAAUACGUUUCUACCCCCAGCACUUUCCCUAGUCAAAUAUCCCCUUGACAUUGAUGACGUGGCAGCUAAAGUGUGGGAUAUUCCGCAGCAUCUUAGGAUGCCCGGAGAUCUGAGUUCUGCGGACGACGACAAUGUCUACUAUGGGAGUAACAACUAACUAGCUGGUAAUGGUGGGCCGUGGGAGUUAGAACAUUGCUGCUAGUAUCAUACUUUAGUCACAAAGGUAAAAUAUUACUGCGUAUUUUCUAUGUCCCACAAAUUAAGAUUGUGUGACUUUUCUAUCAUGGCAGACCAAUUAUUCCUUAUCAAAUUUAAGAGUAUGUAUGUCCCCUAUUUUCAUUUGACACAAUUAUUAAUAAAUUAAUUAAAUAACUA